UAGUGUGGGUAUGUGUGAGCAUGUGCAUGCGCAUGUACUGGAUAUCAUGGCGUGUGUAGAGUUCAGUUUGCAAGAAUUCUUUCUCUACCAUGUCAGUCUAAGGAAUUAAAUCCAGGUAGUUGGGCUUGGUGGCAAGUGUCUAUGUAUAGUCCUGGUGAGAUGGCUCACUGUGUAAAGGCACCUGGCCCUGUGCUUCCUAACCCUGGAACCCACAUAGCAGAGGGAGAAAAUGCUCACAAAUUGCCCUCUCUCUGGAAUAAAUAAUUAGAAGAACAGUAAUAAGAAACAGUAUUCCUUCCAGUCCAGUUAAAGGGGCCAACUUCUAUUUUUUGCUAUUACUCCAUGUGUAUGAGUGUUUUGUCUAUAUGUGUGUCUAUGUAUUCUAUGUGACUGGUGCUUUGGGAGGGCAGAAGACGGUGUCAGAUCCUCUGGAACUGGAGUUACAGCCACGGUGUGAACUGCCCUAUAGGUGUUGGGAAUUAAACCAGGUCAUGCAGUUAACUGUUGAUCCAUCUCUCCAGAACCUCCUGCUGCCCGUAAGAAUUUAAGUUUUUCAGCCUAGGAAAAGUAACACCUGACUCUUAACCAACUGGGGGCGGAGCAGGGGUGGAGCCAGGGAGACCCAGGUGCCCUUCCUGAGAGCCUGAGCACUGAGUGGCCUGGAGCAGCAUGAGGCAGAGCUGGGGACCAGAGCUGCUUAUUGUGGGAGCUGUGAUCGUGAUAGAGGGUCUUCAAGCAGCUCAGCGUGCAUGUGGGCAGCGUGGCCCUGGCCCUCCAGAGCCUCAGGAAGGCAACACGUUACCUGGCGAAUGGCCCUGGCAGGCCAGUGUGAGACGACAGGGUGUACACAUCUGCAGUGGCUCCUUGGUGGCAGAUACCUGGGUCCUUACAGCUGCUCACUGCUUUGAAAAGAUGGCCACAGCAGAACUGAGCUCCUGGUCCGUGGUCCUGGGUUCUCUCAAGCAGGAGGGGCUGAGCCCGGGGGCUGAGGAGGUGGGAGUUGCUGCCCUACAGCUGCCCAAGGCCUAUAACCACUAUAGCCAGGGAUCAGACCUGGCUCUGCUCCAGCUUACCCACCCCAUAGUUCACACAACCCUCUGCUUGCCCCAACCCACCCACCACUUCCCCUUUGGAGCUUCUUGCUGGGCCACUGGCUGGGACCAGAACACCAGUGAUGGUAAGUACUGUCCUAGACAUAAGUCUAGAGAGUCACAAACAGGAUCAGUUCUAACUGUGCUAGCCCUCUGCUCCCACUGUGUGUCAGAGCUAGACUCAACAUUAUCUCCUUUGCCAGUUUCCAGGACCCUACGGAAUCUGCGCCUUCGCCUCAUCAGCCGCCCCACCUGUAACUGUCUCUACAAUCGGUUGCACCAGAGGCUGCUGGCCAAUCCAGCAAGAUCUGGGAUGUUGUGUGGGGGUGCACAGCCUGGGGUACAGGGACCCUGCCAGGGAGAUUCUGGGGGACCUGUGAUGUGCCGUGAACCUGAUGGACACUGGGUCCAAGUUGGGAUCAUUAGUUUCACAUCAAAUUGUGCCCAAGAGGACACCCCUGUGCUGCUGACUGACAUGGCGGCACACAGUUCGUGGCUGCAGGCCCAUGUUGACAGAGCAGCUUUCUUGGUGCAGGACCCAGGAGUCGUGAAGAUGAGUGACGAGAACAGCUGUGUAGCAUGUGGCUCCUUGAGUAGUGGAGGACCCCAGGCAGGAGCCCUCUCCCAGUGGCCCUGGGAUGCCAGACUGAAGCACCAUGGGAAGCUGGCUUGUGGUGGAGCCCUGGUAUCGGAGGUGGUGGUGCUGACUGCUGCUCACUGCUUUAUCGGGCGACAAACCCUAGAGGAAUGGAGUGUAGGACUGGGGGCUGGACCAGAGGAAUGGGGCCUGAAGCAACUCAUUCUGCAUGGGGCUUACACCCACCCAGAAGGCGGCCAUGAUGUGGCUUUCCUGCUGCUGGCUCAGCCUGUGACGUUGGGCCCUGGCCUCAGGCCCCUCUGCUUGCCCUAUGCUGACCACCGCCUGCCUGACGGGGAACAUGGCUGGGUUCUUGGGCUGACCCGAGAAGCAGGCAUCAACCACCCCCAUACAGUGCCUGUGACAGUCCUGGGGCCAAUGGCCUGUAGCAGACAACAUGCAGCUUCUGGUAGCACGGGUGUUCCCAUUCUGCCAGGGAUGAUAUGCACCACUGUUGUGGGUGAGCCACCUCACUGUGAGGGACUCUCUGGGGCACCACUUGUACAUGAGAUCAGAGGGACAUGGUUCCUGGCUGGACUGCACAGCUUUGGAGACACCUGCCAAGGCUCUGCAAAGCCUGCAGUUUUUGCAGCACUUUCUGCCUAUGAGGAUUGGGUCAGCAAUCUAGACUGGCAGGUCUACUUCGCUGAGGAGCCUGAGCCUGAGCCUGAGACCGGAAGCUGUCUGGUCAACUCAAGCCAACCAGCCAGUUGUUGACUGGUGACUCUAGUUUACUCACAGGACGCCAGAAAAGCCAGGCAACUCCCACGUCAACACCCAAUUCUACACUCCUGCCCUUCCCCUCCCUGUCUUAUGGUUCCCAGCCCUGAGGCAGGUCCAACAGCUGGCUGGCUGGGAAUGAGCCUGCCCAGAGAUGCUGUCCACGUGUGACACGACGACCCCGCCCCCAAGCUCUGCUUUCCAACAGAGAUGUCUCCAGUAUUCCCCAUACAAUCCUCAGAUACAAUCACACCAGUAGCUCUUGUGAAAAAAAAAAAGUUGUUUUUUUUUUCCUUUGGGGGGGGGGUGUUGGAGAGCAAUUUUCCUUUUUUAAAACUUAAAUUGUUACAAAAUAGAUUUUAGAAAAUAAGUUACAAACUAUAGUAAAAGGCUCCCCUUCCACAGGCAACUUUCCCACCUGUGGUACUCUGAAUCCACCUCCCUGGGUGAGAAUCUGGCUAUCCUAGCAUUUCGGCAGAGCCUGGCCCCGGAAGAACAUGGUGACAAAGGGUUGGGAAGGAGAUCCUUCAUCUUUCAUGGGCACAGACAUGAAGACUACCUCAUGCCCUUCUCAAGAUAAAAACCAGAUCAGGGUCCUCUUCGUGGGAAAAGGAGAUGGGGAUGCCCAAGCAACUCCUGAGCAAAUGAGGAGAGCAAGCCUCUCCCUGCCUGCACCCCUAACUUCAGUGAGCUCUCCUCUGGAGACCUGAAGUUCAGAGGGACAGAUUGAGGUCUGCAGGCCACUGGGGUGAGGGGUCCUGAAGUGAGGCUGUAGAGCAGUCCCCUCUGCUUGCUGCUGGUGCCACUGAAGCUCCUACAGAGAGAAGGAGAGGACACUGAGGGAGGCCUUACACCACCUCUCCAGCCCUGCAGGUUAUUUCACGACAUAACACAAGCACAAAGACACUCAAGAGACGGGAAUAAAUAGCUAGGUAGUCAAGUGUUUGCCUACUGUUUGUGAGGCCCCAGGUACCAUGCCCAGCAAUCCCCAGUCCCCCUCACAAAACAAACCAAGCCCACAAAUCCUACAACUCCCAAUUUCCCAAUUAGUAUGUGCUUUGGCUAACAGGCCCCUUGCUCAUUGUACUUGAAGUUACAAGAAAGCUAUUUCUUCAGUUCUCGGGACCCAUCACCACUAUUCUAUCCUCCCAGUCAAGCUCUGGGCGAGGGCAUACCACUUCAGGGACACCACCCUUGGUGGCUGUAGACGGAAUGGAUUUUCUUCUCUAGAUGUGGAAUAUGAGCUAAUAGCUUGCUGAAUACAUAGACUGCCCCUUCCUCCACAGCCAUACCCUUUAGUGGGCUGGGUGGAGACAAUUUACACCAGAGAUUCACUGUGAUAGAGGAUGAGAGAUAGGGACUAAUGACUGCUGCCGCUCAACUGGGCCUGACUUCAAAGAAACAAUUAUCUAUGAGUCAGUUCUUCAGUUAAAGGGGCGUGUUGGGGGAAGGUGCUGCAGAAAGGGUAGUCUGGUUGGCUUCUUGUAAGAUCUACAGCAGAAGAAGGUUAAGAUUAAAAGAACAGGGCUGGAGAUGAUGGCUCAGUGGUUAAGAGGACUGACUGUUCUUAUAGAGGUCCUGAGUUCAAUUCCCAGCAACCACAUGGUGGCUAGCAACCAUCUGUAAUGGGAUCUGAUGCCCUCUUCCUGUGUGCAUGCAUGAAGACAGCUACAGUGUACUCACAUACAAUAAAUAAAUAAGGCUUAAAAAAAAAAAAGAUUAAAAGAACAAACACAAAGAUGUAGUGCAACACUCACAGGAAGGACCAGAAGCCUCACUUUCAGCAGUAAAGCCAUAAAGUAGCAAGUUAGAAGUCACCAACUGAGCAGGAAAGCCCACCUCACCUUAGACCUGCAGACCAUGAACUAUCUGCAUGGCAACCCAGGAGUCUGUAAUCUUCCACCCUUCUCUUUCUUAUCCCCUGGCUUCUUGCCAAGAACUCUAGGAAAGACCAGAGCCUAAACAAAGCCCAUGGUUUCAUCCUUUUGCCUGGGACAUCAUUACUGACUAAAUCAGGAUUCUCAGAAGCAGUAGGACCCAGAUAACUCUGCUUACUGAAAGAAAAAAGUCAUUCCUCUUUGGCUAUAUAAGAGUCCACACGGGGCUGGAGAGAUGGCUCAGUGGUUAAGAGCACUGACUGCUCUUCCAGAGGUCCUGAGUUCAAAUCCCAGCAACCACAUGGUGGCUCACAACCAUCUGUAAUGAGAUCUGAUGCCCUCUUCUGGUGUGUCUGAAGACAGCUACAGUGUACUCAUAUACAUAAAAUAAAUAAAUCUUUAAAAAAAAAAAAAAAAAAAAAAAAA